GCCCGCCCGCGCCCAUCGCCUUGCUGCUCUGAGCCGGCCGCCCCUCGCCCCCCAAGAUGUGGCACAACGUCGGGCUGACCCUGCUGGUGUUCGUGGCCACGCUGCUGAUCGUCCUGUUGCUGAUGGUGUGCGGUUGGUAUUUUGUAUGGCACCUUUUUUUAUCAAAAUUCAAGUUUCUGCGGGAACUGGUGGGAGACACAGGAUCCCAGGAAGGAGAUCAUGAGCCUUCAGGGUCUGAAGCAGAAGAGGAUGCUUCAUUGUCUCCACACAGGAUCAGAGCUGCUCGCCAAAGGAGGGCACCUGCUGAUGAAGGCCACUGACCCCAACUGUCAUCCUGUGUUAGUGAAAGAUGAUGGGCAAUCCGGAGCCUCUGUCUUUAAUGACUUGGUUUUGCAAUUGCUAAAAUAUUGAAGAACAGUUGUUACUGGAUUUCAAGUCCAAUUGAGAAAAAAAAAAGAUUUACAUGUAAGCCAUAUGAAAAUAAAGGGAAUUAAAACCAAAUCGGAUGUUACAAAUUUCAUCUUAAAGAUUAUCUUUUGCUUUACUAGCUUUUACUUAUAUCAAUGGCUCUUGGGUUUAUUUUUCUUUUUGCACUUGUGUGAAUCUGUUAAACAUUACAGGCUUGAAAAGUAUAUUUUUUAGUUCUAUAAUGUACUUUCUCCCACACACACAUUGAAAUUGGGACGUAAUUCACCAUUAUUGUCAACCAGGCAAUAGUCGAUGUAAUUAUCUUAGCUUGUGCGUGUGGGGACUUACAGCUUGUCAUAGCAUCAUCACUGUGUUGUUGAUAUCAAAUGUGUCAGAUUUAAUUGGCAUUUUAAAAUGUCUUCUAAAAGAUUACACUUUGAUUCAGCACUGAAAUGAAAAGUUAUUGUGUAUGCAGAAAAGCAUGGAAACAGAGCAGUGAAGCAAAUAUCUGUUGCUGAAGGAAUGACCGCAAUUCCAUAUUUUAUUGUAAAGCAGUAACAAAGUGCUCUUUCUAGGCCCUAAGAAGGGAAGAUACCCACAAGUAGAUAAAGCUGUACUACAUUUUGUCAUUGAGACAUAAGCAAAAGAAUUGCCUAUCACAUGCCAAGUGAAGCAGUUGAAGUUGGGAGAAAUUGCCAAGACCCUUGGAAUAGAUGAAACACAAUUCAAAGCAAUGAGUGCAAUCAAUUCGUGUGUUGAGGACUGUCGUCAAGGUGUCAAACACUUUUUCAUCCAAAGGUUCCUUCUGACAUUAAGCAAUGGUAGAACACUCUUUCGAGAAAUGGUGUAUCACCAGUGCUCUUGGCACCAAGGGUGCGGUUGUGGGGAGGAAUGCAGGUAUUGAUGACUGAUUCACGAAGGGAUUCAGCAGAGCUGGGUCUCGGAAUAGGAAGUUAGAGUUAUAACUUAACCAGUUGAUUUCACAACACUUUAUGUAUGCACAAGACUGACAUGAUAAAAAAUCUGUUUAACUCGAAAAGCUCUUUCAAUAAAUACAAACAUUCUAUUAUACAUGAUAUGAAAGCAUUAUGUCAUAGUUUAAUUGCCUGUGUUUUUUCUUAGUGAUACAUAUGGUAUCUCAGAUUGAUUAAAAAGUAGUUUAUAAAUUUAUUUUUUCCUAGAAUAGCAAUUAUUGCUAACUUAAUUCUGAUUCUUAUAGUGUUGUUAAAAUAGUUACUCUUCAUGAGACACUUUUUUUUUGGCAGCCUACUUAAGACUUUAAUAAUUUAGGAAUCUAAGAACUUCUAUAUUAGGAAGAGUAGGAUUAGUUACUCCUUUUGUAUGGGAGGACUUCAUACUCAAGGCAGGUGUUGUGGAGAAAAUACUUCCUCACAAACAGCAAUUCAGUGACAAGAUCUCAGGGAAACUGGGUGUUGAGAAAAAUAGAGUGGGUAAAAAUGCCUGCUUCACUGUAAAAUGACUCCUGCCAGGUUCCCAUGCUUGUCUUCACUGAACUUUGGACUGAGUGUUUACUGGAGAAGAGAUAUGGAUUAAAGAACCUUCCUGUUUAGUGUUACCUGCUUCGUACAAGAGCGAAUUGCAAAGCCAGCUUAUUUUAUUCAUUGAAGUUCUUUUAUGUUUUUAAACUUUGUUUCUAAAGAACUAGUCAUCACAGAGUAUCACCUUUACUAUGGUGUGUAAUUGUGUUUGGAACCUCAAACUUCAUGGUGAUAGUUUUGUUACUCAUUAGCAGUUCACUUGCUCUGCCCCAAGUGGUACUUCUGAUGCACACUUCUACUGUCAUUGUAGCCUUUUGUGUGUACAAAAGGGGACUUUACAGAGCAUAACUUUACUUUUUCAAUAUUUGCUACAGAAGAUCCCCAGCAACUGAGAAUGGGGCAUAAUCUUUCUGUCUUCAUUUCCGUAUUGGAUGCAAUUUUCUAUUCUUGUGUGACUUGUAGGGAUUAAAAAAACAAUGACACAAAUUUCAAGCAUUAAUUUUAGUGCUUCCUACUAGCUAAAUAUCACAUUAAAAUGAUCAUCAUUUAGGGGGGGAAAAAGCCUAAAAAGCUUCUUGGUACUGGGAGGAUUAAAUUAGAUCUUUCAUUGUCUAGUAUUUUGAACUGUGGAUUCUAUUUAUAAUGGAUAUCUUAGGUUUAGAUAACAAUAGUUGCUGACAAAUAUUGGUAGCUGGAGAGCUUCCAUAUUGUAUCAGUAUUAAAGAAUGAUGGGCGAUGUAAUCCCCCAAAAACCUAUAAGCGCCAUCCACAAAUUAAAUUAAUCCAUGUAAAGGUGCAUGUGCUCAUAUUAUUUAUUAAUAUUUAUGCUUUGAGGAUGUCUUUUUAAAUGGAAUUUUAAGAGAUGUUCUGCUUUACUUAUUUGGGUAACAUACUCAAAAGCAUAUUAAUAGCUCAUACCCUACCAUGUUUUAACUCAGGAGAGUUAAAAGAAAUCACUGAUGCCAAUAUGAAAAUUCUAUAAACUAAUUAAACUAAUUCCUUUGUUUCAAACUUUUUUCUUACUCUGUACUCCUCCCAAGAUGCGCACCAUAGUACAUAUUUCAAAGGCAAGAGAAAUAGUUGCUAACACAGAAUUAUUUGUGUGAUACAGUGUUUCAAUGUCUUUUGUUUUUGUUUUAUUUUAGAGCUUUUGUAACUGAACUUAACAUCAUUAAGGGCAUUUUCAGUUUCUCAGUAUAAGAUGGACUAGCCUGUGGUUAAUUUAAAACUUUAGAAGGCUCUGAGCAUUAAAAACACAUGUAAGUAUGAGUCGUGUCCAAAUGCUCAUUAACAAUGAUGUUCAAGUGUGCCAUUUUUGAGGAGUAAUUCUAAAAUUGAGGACUGGUAGGUUUUUUCAUUCGUGACUAACCAUUCCCAAGUCUUUCUCUUUGCCUCUGAAACUCUUGUGAAAAUUGCUGUUAUCAAAUGUGUUGGUAGCAUUACUCUGAUUUAAAUGCCAAAAAAA